AUGACGGGGAAGGGGGUGCGGAGGAGGGAGAAGAACUACCGGGCGGCGCACGGGGGCGACGCGCGGCUGCCCCCUCCGCCGAAGCAGCGGGAGCUCGACGCGCUCCCGUCCAAGCUCCGCCGCCUAAUCGCCAUCCAGAACAAGCAGGGCGGCGGAGGCAAAGCUGGCGCCGGAGGGACUCCAGGGAAGCAAGACGCAGAUGUUACGGGGAAGAACAAGGAGGGAAAAGAUAAGAAAGCUAAGAAGCAGGCCUUGGAGACUGCUGCAGAUAACAAAGCAGCUGAGACUAGAGGCGAGGGUGGACCGGUGGCCGAUGAGAGCGUAAAUGUGGAUGGAAGCAAGGGAAAGAGAAAGCGGGGGAAGGCUUUGGAUCUUCGUUUCAAGGAACUCGAUGCGAAUGUCUCGAUUACGAAGAAGCAGAAAAGGAAGAAACAUCUAGAUGAGAAGAAAAAGAAGCGCAAGUGUGGUAAGGUUGAGACUCAUGUGGAAUUCCCAGGACGUGAAAAGGUCAAAUUUGGUGAAGUUGUCGAGGCUCCCCCAAAGUUGUUAUUCCCAAAGCGGAAGAGUCCUUUGGAUGCUUCUACCGAGAGGCUAAGAAAAGAGGUGGUUGAGAAUUACAGAAAUAUCAAAGGCUGGACAUCAAGGCCUGGGCUCCAGCUUCCAACUCUAGCUUAAUAAACAUCCGUGUAACCAUUUACUUGUACCUUGUUUUGAGGCAGAGUAGCUUAUAGAACAGCUAUGUACUCUCUUGUAAGCAACAGUGAAACAAAACAAUGUUGUUUGCUUCCA